GUUGCCAUUGGGUUCUUCUUUCCAUACGAACUGAUAUUGAUAUUUAUAUUGAUAUUUGCCCUCUAGUUAUAUACGAGUUUCCACAAUGACCGUUAAGAACGGCGAUGUCGUCAAGGACGAUGUGAAUUCGCGAUCGCAGUACAAAACGAACAUCGUCCUGGGCGCCAAACUAGAGGAUUCGGAGCGAGAUCAGAAGAGCUUUGAGCCCAACAAACCGAAAAAGAAGUCCAAGCAUGACGAGGCGGAUGCCAGCGGUGAGGAAGAAGGCUUCCAGUACAAGGAGGAAGUGAAGCAGGUUAGCUACCUCCAGAUGUUUCGGUAUGCCACCAACAAGGAUCGUGGACUCUAUUUGGUGGGACUACUGUCUGCCGUGGCCACAGGCCUGACCACUCCGGCUAACAGUUUGAUCUUCGGAAAUCUCGCCAAUGACAUGAUUGACCUGGGUGGAAUGGCGGCGGGUGGAAAAACGUACCGAGCUGACGAUGAUGCGGGUACUAUGCUCCUGGACAAAGUGCGAGACUUCUCCCUGCAGAACACCUACAUCGGCAUCGUUAUGCUGGUGUGUUCCUAUCUCUCGGUCACGUGCUUCAACUAUGCGGCCCACUCCCAGAUCCUCACCAUCCGCUCAAAGUUCUUCCGCUCCAUUCUCCAUCAGGACAUGAAGUGGUACGACUUUAACCAGAGCGGUGAAGUGGCCAGCCGAAUGAAUGAAGAUCUCUCCAAAAUGGAGGAUGGCUUGGCCGAAAAAGUGGUCAUGUUCGUCCAUUACCUGGUUUCCUUCGUGGGAUCAUUGGUGUUAGCCUUUAUCAAGGGCUGGCAGCUAUCCCUGGUGUGCUUGACCAGUCUGCCGCUGACUUUCAUCGCCAUGGGCUUGGUGUCCGUGGCCACGUCCCGGCUGGCCAAAAAGGAAGUGACCAUGUAUGCCGGUGCUGCCGUGGUGGCCGAAGGCGCUCUCUCCGGGAUUCGAACCGUAAAGGCUUUUGAGGGCGAGGAGAAGGAGGUGGCCGCGUACAAGGAGCGCGUGGUUGCUGCCAAGAUCCUAAACAUCAAGAGAAAUAUGUUCUCCGGUAUUGGAUUCGGGCUGCUUUGGUUCUUCAUCUACGCGUCCUAUGCUCUGGCCUUCUGGUAUGGAGUGGGUCUGGUAAUCAAGGGAUACAACGAUCCCGCAUAUGAGAACUACGAUGCAGGCACCAUGAUCACCGUGUUCUUCUCAGUGAUGAUGGGUUCCAUGAAUAUUGGAAUGGCGGCUCCUUACAUCGAGGCAUUUGGCAUCGCUAAGGGCGCCAGUGCCAAGGUCUUCCACAUCAUCGAGCAGAUUCCGGACAUAAACCCCAUUGAUGGGAAUGGUAAAAAGUUAAAGGAGCCCCUUACCACCAUUGAGUUUAAGGACAUAGAGUUCCAGUAUCCCACGCGACCAGAGAUACCCAUUCUGAACAAAUUGAACCUGACGAUCCAUCGCGGCCAAACGGUGGCUCUGGUGGGUCCCUCCGGCUGUGGCAAAUCCACCUGCAUCCAACUGGUCCAGCGAUUCUAUGAUCCCCAGGCUGGUGAUCUCUUCUUCAAUGGUUCCAACCUGAAGGACAUCGACAUUAACUGGCUGCGCUCUAGGAUUGGAGUGGUGGGCCAGGAGCCAAUCCUCUUCGGCACUUCCAUAUACGAGAAUAUCAGGUACGGCCGAGAGGACGCCACUCGCGAAGAGAUCGAGGCAGCUGCUGCCGCCGCCAAUGCUGCCAUCUUCAUUAAGAAGCUACCCAAAGGAUAUGAUACUCUGGUGGGAGAGCGAGGAGCUCAGCUUUCCGGAGGGCAGAAGCAGAGGAUUGCUAUUGCUCGCGCAUUGAUUCGUGACCCCGAGAUCUUGCUGUUGGAUGAAGCCACAUCUGCACUGGAUACAGCCAGUGAGGCUAAGGUACAAGCUGCCCUGGAGAAGGUCAGCGCUGGUAGAACAACCAUCAUCGUGGCCCACCGUUUGUCCACCGUUCGUCGGGCAGACAGGAUUGUGGUGAUCAACAAGGGUCAAGUGGUGGAGAGCGGAACGCAUCAGGAGUUGAUGCAGUUGAAGGAUCACUACUAUAAUCUAGUAACCACUCAAUUGGGCGAGGAUGAUGGCUCGGUUCUUAGUCCCACUGGUGACAUCUACAAGAACUUUGACAUCAAGGAUGAGGACGAGGAAGAGAUCAAAGUACUGCACGAGGAUGAGGACGAAGAUGUCGUGGUUGCAGACAAGAAGGAUAAGAAAAAGAAGAAGGUCAAGGACCCCAACGAGGUGAAACCCAUGUCGGAGGUAAUGAAGAUGAACCAACCGGAAUGGUUUCAGAUCGGAGUGGGCUGCAUCUCCUCCGUCAUCAUGGGCUGCGCCAUGCCCAUCUUUGCCGUGCUCUUUGGUAGCAUCCUUCAGAUUCUUUCGGUUAAGGACAAUGAUGAUUACGUGCGCGAGAACUCCAACCAGUACAGUCUGUACUUCUUGAUCGCUGGUAUCGUUGUGGGCAUUGCCACUUUCCUGCAGAUUUACUUCUUCGGAAUCGCCGGCGAGAGACUGACGGAACGCCUGCGAGGACGCAUGUUCGAGGCCAUGCUGAGCCAGGAGGUGGCCUGGUUCGAUGAUAAGGCUAAUGGUACCGGAAGUCUGUGUGCCCGACUCUCCGGAGAUGCUGCUGCAGUUCAGGGUGCCACUGGUCAACGAAUUGGAACCAUCAUUCAAUCGAUUUCUACUCUGGCAUUGGGCAUUGGCUUGUCCAUGUAUUACGAGUGGAGUUUGGGAUUGGUGGCUCUUGCCUUCACGCCCUUCAUCCUGAUCGCCUUCUACAUGCAGCGUACUCUUAUGGCAAAGGAGAAUAUGGGCUCUGCCAAGACCAUGGAGAACUGCACCAAGCUGGCCGUCGAAGUGGUUUCUAACAUUCGUACUGUAGCUUCUCUGGGUCGUGAGGAGAUGUUCCACCAGAACUACAUUGGCAUGCUGAUUCCAGCGGUUAAGAUUUCCAAGAGGAAUACCCACUUCCGAGGAAUGGUCUACGGCCUUGCCCGAUCCCUGAUGUUCUUUGCCUAUGCUGCUUGCAUGUAUUACGGAACCUGGUGUGUGAUUAACCGUGGAAUCGAGUUUGGAGAUGUGUUCAAGGUAUCCCAAGCCCUGAUCAUGGGCACAGCUUCCAUUGCCAAUGCAUUGGCCUUCGCUCCUAACAUGCAAAAGGGAGUUUCUGCAGCCAAGACCAUCUUUACGUUCCUCCGUCGCCAGCCGACGAUUGUGGACCGACCUGGAGUGUCUCGUGAUCCUUGGCACUGCGAAGGAAAUGUUCGCUUCGACAAGGUGGAGUUCAGCUAUCCCACCCGCCGUGAGAUUCAGGUACUCAGGGGGCUGGAUCUUACAGUGGGCAAGGGUCAGAAGAUCGCCCUGGUGGGUCCAUCGGGUUGUGGCAAGUCCACGUGCAUCCAGCUGAUACAGCGAUUCUACGACGUGGAUGAGGGAGCUACUCUCAUAGAUGAGCGUGAUGUGCGCGACGUUUCAAUGACCAAUCUGCGCAACCAGUUGGGCAUCGUGUCACAGGAACCAAUUCUUUUCGAUCGCACAAUCAGAGAAAAUAUUUCCUACGGUGACAAUGCAAGGAAUGUGACUGAUCAGGAGAUCAUCUCUGCGUGCAAAAAGUCCAAUAUCCACGAAUUCAUCGCUAACCUGCCCUUGGGUUAUGAUACGAGAAUGGGCGAGAAGGGUGCUCAGUUGUCCGGAGGUCAGAAGCAGCGCAUUGCUAUUGCGCGAGCCCUCAUCCGGAAUCCCAAGAUCAUGUUGCUUGACGAGGCCACUUCUGCCUUGGAUGCUGAAAGUGAAAAGGUUGUCCAAGAUGCACUCGAUGCCGCCUCUGAGGGACGUACCACGAUCAGUAUAGCCCACCGACUCUCCACCGUCGUCCACUCGGACGUGAUCUUUGUCUUCGAGAACGGAUUGGUGUGUGAAGCUGGAGACCACAAACAGCUGCUUGGGAAUCGGGGUCUCUAUUACACGCUCUAUAAACUUCAGAGCGGAGCCAUGUAGAUAGAUUGUAGUAGGUUUAGCCAAUUAUCAGCUUAGUGAAUUGCGAACAACAUCGUCUAGUAUCUGUACAAAAACACCAUAGUUAAGUUAACAUAAGAUUAUUUAUCCCCCCUAAAUGUUUAAUAUCUCCAGGAAUUUAAAAAUGAA